GGGCGCUGUGCGGGGAGAGAGCGGCCGCCGCUCUGUCCCGCUCCUCCCCGGACUCUAUGGUGCCCCCCCCCGACACGGAAGCGCCUUGGCUGCGAGAGGCCCCGGCUCGCUCCGCGGAGGGUCCCGGCGCCCGGGCGCGGGAGGACGGAGUGGAAGCGAAGAUGACUACAGCAGUUGUACCAGGCAGCCCUCUGCCUUCACAAGGGGACAGAAACGUUUAUUACAUCUUGACAGAUGAUUUUGCAUAUGGCAGCAAGCUCUUUCCCGCCGGGAGCAUGUGCUUCCUCAAAGAGAGGACGUAUCUGCACAGUAUCGCCUGUGGCACAACGUCCACUCCCUACAUGAGGGUCACCAUGCUGGAAGGCCAUUCCAUAGUCACUAUCGAGGCAGAAAUUCUUCAACCCGUGAAUGAGGAGGAAGCGGUUUUCCUUCUGGCCAUCAACACCCUCAAUGAGCGCUUGAACUAUUUCCUGGACCGCUGUAGCCUUGAAGCAGCAGUGAAGGCUACAGUGGGCCAACAGGUGAUGGUGGAUCUCAACCAACAACUGUUCACUGGCACCAUCCGCUACGUUGGGAAGAUCACCAAGAGCCCUUUGUCCUCCUCACUCUGUCCAUCCUACUUUGGGGUGGAAUUACAGGGUGAUGGUGAAGGCAGAGGCCACAGUGAUGGCACCUAUAUCGGCUCUGAAUAUUUCAAGUGUAAGGAGAACUGUGGACUCUUUCUGCCGCUUAACAAAAUCCGGUUUAUCCCGGCGCUGGGCGGCGACCCAGCGAGAGAGGAGCCCAAACCGGAUGUGGACGAGGUUGUUCCUGUAAAAGUGGGGGACACAAUUGGCUUCUACCUGGAUGACGUCUUCAGACAAGGCAUAGCUAUGGACGUGUACAAGGAGGGAACCCAGUGGUUUGUUAAAGUUUGCCCGGAAGAAGAAGGACCAACAGAUGUUUUCAGAGAUAUCCCUAUGGACUCGGUUGUGAAGGAAGGGCUGCUCUCCCCAGUAUUUGAGCCAGACAUGGCCCCGGGAUCUCUGAGACAACUGAAGCGAGAGAGAAGCGGAAGCGGGGAGGAAUUGGAAAGUGAAAAACAGUCCCUGGAUGUGAACUCCAUGGUACAGAUCACCUUAGACAAGGGGAAUCUCGUCUCUGGAAUCAUCCGCUGGUUGGGGUACCUGCCCAAAAUUGAGCCCAAAAUGGCAGGAGUUGAAUUAGAUGAAGAGAAGGGGGUCACAGAUGGCGAAUGGCUAGGCACGCGCUACUUCCACUGCCCCUCAAAGCGUGGCCUCUUUGUGAAGCUUCAAUCAUGCCAGCCCGACAUGCGCUUCCAGUGUGUGAGCAGCGGUCUCCUGGACCCCAGCACUUGCAGUAGGAUAGAUAGUCCUGAGGUUCUGGCUAAUUUUCCUCCUCUCAGGAAUGGCACAGCCGUGAGUGUUUUACAAGGGCGCAUGAGAGGGAUUCAAGGCCACUGCAACUCCUGCUACAUGGAUGCUGCCCUUUUCAGCCUCUUCUCCUGCACCUCUGUGCUGGACUCCAUGCUCUUCAAGCCCUCCCUCCCGCCCGACGGGCAUGUCCAGAAGAUUCUCCGGGAUGAGAUUGUGAACCCCCUCCGACGGAAUGGCUUUGUUGCCGCUAAUAGCGUGAUGCACCUAAGGCAGCAGUUGACGGAGAAGGGCCAAUGUUCGAGCUUUGCCACGUCUGAGAAAGACCCCGAGGAGUUUCUCAAUCUCAUCAUGCAUCACAUCCUGGGAAUAGAGCCACUACUGAAACUGCAGUCUGGAGGCCAGAAGGAGCAGGAGUGUUACUGUUACCAGAUAUUCAUAGACAAGCAAGAGGAGCUGGUCGUGCCCAACGUGCAGCAGCUAGUGGAACAUUCCUUCCUGUCUUCCAAUCUCAAGCUAGUGGAGAUCCCCUCCUGUUUCAUUAUCCAAAUGCCACGGUUCGGGAAGGAAUAUAAAAUGUUCAGCAAAAUCAUUCCCUCCCUGGAGCUUGACCUCACCGACCUGCUGCUCGACAGUCCCCGGGAGUGCUUUGUGUGCGGGGACGUAGCCACACAGGAGUGUUCCGAGUGCUUCAAAGACGAGAUGUUUGCAGUCACGGGGAUGAAGCAGUACUGCGAUUCCUGCUGCAGACAGGCUCAUUCUCACUACCGGCGCAAAGCACACAGGCCAACAAAACUGCAUGUCCCUGAGGAGUUUCAGAGCAGGAGCCUCAUGGACAGCCCCCGAAUCCCACGGGAGAGGAUGGAGCUCUUCGCAGUGCUCUGCAUAGAGACCAGUCACUACGUCUCCUUUGUGAAGUACGGGCCAGAGAAAGAGAAUUGGCUGUUCUUCGACAGCAUGGCUGACAGGCACGGUGAUGAGAAUGGCUUCAACAUUCCCAUUGUAACGCUGUGCCCUGAAGUUGCCAAAUAUUUGCAAUUGCCAGUGGCGGCGCUGGCUAUGGAGCAGUCCCGGGACAUGGAAGGCGUGGCCAAACGCCUCUUCUGUGACGCCUACAUGUACAUGUACCAGAGCAAGAAGAUGGCUCUUUACAAAUGACCCCAGCCUGGGCUGGGAGAGACCCCACUGCUCUCGUGCAGAGCCAUGAGACACUGGAAAUGGGGGCUUGGUUGAAACCUGCUGCCUGCAGCUGCUAAUUGAGAAAACCCAGCCAGAGUCCAGGUCAAGUGACCUUUCAGCUUUGCCUCUGCUAACCUCUUCCGAAGUCGAGUGUCAGACUAUUGAUGAGAGCAGUAUUCGGUGGUGGAAAGCCUGUGGCCGGCUUUAGCCGAGUGACAGUUUGGACCUUCUGCAAAUCCAGACUCGGAACCAGUUUACACUUUUACAUAUCCUGAGUAAGAGGACUUCACCUUCAUCCCAUUCCCCUGUCCACACCCCGGAUUUCCAUCAUCCUUUCUUCUCCAGACCCUCUCUACAGCGCUGGGCCCACCAGAACCCCUCUACCUUUCAUUCUCCCAAUUAACUCUUCCCCAAAGCUCAGGAAUCAAGAAGCCCAAGUCAAGGCAUGGGCUGUGACUCUCCGAUUUUCAACAGAGCACAGGAGAACUGCACUAGACCUCUGGGUGACAUCUCAGCUCAUCGGCUUCCUGAAUGUAAACGCAAAACCGCCUUCUAGAUGGUCAGGAAUCAAACCUCUCAGGAAGGGAAUUUUGCUUAGAUCUGCACUAAAUUCUGGGGUAUGUGACUAUGAUCCUGAGGUCCCAGUAAUGGGACCCCUGAACAUCCCCAUUCCCUGGACGCAGACCUGCACUCCCUUAUUUAUAACUCCCUUUUGUUCCUUUACUCCCCCUGUUCAGCACUAAUCUCUCUGACGCUCUGCUUAACAUCAGUAGCACUUUCUGUUGGAAGUCCCCUCUUUUUAGACAUGACAUUUGGCUCGAGACUUGAAACUUUGUGUUGCUGUUUCAAGCCGCACUUUGAACAAAAAUAUAAUUUUAAGAACAAAACUGGGGCAGAUACAGGCAAAACCAGCAUAGGACGGUCCUCCCCCAAAGGCUGUGAGAUUGCUCAGAGCGUGUGGCUUUCUAGCUGUAGCUCAUCAUUUUAAAGCUCAUUGUUCUGGUUUCCUGAGGUGCAUGUGGAACAGCGAUAACCAAACAAACCUCCCAGAAAAAAUGCUUUUUAAGAAUGAACCUGUUCAGAUUUUCCGCCCGUAACAGGUUUUCCGCCCGUAAGGGUAUGUCUGGGGGGAGUUACUGGCUUUCAACUUUUUUAAAACAGCAAAGUUAACCUUUGCAAAUUUGGUACUGAGCCUGCUGCAAAGUUUCUGUUCUCCUAAUGCUGGUAGGCGGCCCCUAGGAGAGUUAUGGACCAGGUUGCCCAAACGUCACCCAACCAAAGUCUGCUCUACAUGGACAACUUGUCAAGAAGCUGAGGGGUGCCCCGAAUGGGUGUAGAACAGGUAGCUGAUUGCAUCUGUCCUCUUUCAUACACGGGGUGUGGCAGCGGCAACUCACAGCAUGUAACACUGUCUUGAUUUGAGUGACCUGUCUGUGUGGGUCAGGCUGGAACAUUGUGUCAUCUCUAUGGGCUGCUCCUUUCCAGUACAGAUGAGGGAAGUCAUGGUGCAUAUCAUAAUGGGUUGUAUUUGGCCCGUCUCUGGCCACCCUGUUAUUAACCAGUGCAGUAUUAUAACAGCCCGUUGAGUUAAUAUGCCAGUUUGAAACAGUGUUCUGGUUCCAUAUGGCAGGCCCCUUUCAGCUGUUGGGGAAAUUAUCGAUUUGCCAAAAGGCCUGGAGAACUAGUGCAAACACGGUUAUCUUAGCUGGCUUUCCAAACACACACAGAAACCAGAGAGUUGCCUUAACACAAGCCAGGAAGUUCAGAGUGAGGCUGAUGUCCCUUCUCGACUCAAAAGCGUCACCCUUGAUUUUUGAAGUUUUUAUCCUUAGGGGCUGAUCCUGACCCGUGCUGAGCACCUAUAAUUCCCAUCGCCUUGGGGCUUGUGGGUGCUCUGCCCCUUUCAGCAUCGCCUGCUAUUUAAAUCCAUGUUAGAUCCUGUGUAUGCACCGUACCUGGGAACAAAGUUUUUGCGGUUUCUAAGGUAACAGUAAUAGUGUUAGUUUAGUGUUGAACAGCACAUGGGCUCCAGGAGUACAGGAGGUUUGAAAGCCUCCAGCAGAUCCCGGCCCCAAAUAUCUUCUCCCAUAUAGCUGGCCUCAGCUAACAUAUCAGGAAUGUGUUCUUUAGGUGCCCUGUGCGUCUCUUGCCUCUUAGCUGGUCUUGGCUGAACCUCAAGUUCCUCCACUCACUCCCAGCUCCACCACGGCUAAUUCGGUGCUUCUGUCUGAGGAAGUCAGGAGAGCUUUAGGCCACAGGGCUCCCUCAGCAAUGGGAUUCCUUUAGCCAGCCCACCUCCUCGCUUUUAUCCUUCUUCCUCACUGCAGUUUUGUCUCUGGCAGGAAGAUCAAACUUCCUUAAAGUGUUGGUUGCUGGGUUCUUCCGCUCUCUAAUAUGAACUGUCCUGCUGAUCUUGUCAUGACUAAUGCCCUGUUAACUAUAGAGCAGUAGAAACCUCUUUCUCCGCUCUCUUUCAAAGCCAUGAUUAGUUGUUCAGGCCCAAGUUGGUUUUCUCCAUAUGACGUCUCUUAACAGCUCUGGCUUCUUUUCUCAGGUAUCGCAUGGGCUGGGGUUCUGUAUGUCAAGGAGUCACCCUGUGGUUUCUUAGGGUGCGAAUUAGCUCUUCUGGGAUUUUAUAAUGUAAAUGGUGACUAUCGGAUUAUUUGUACUUCGGAUAUUUAUGUGAUUUGUUUAUCUUUAUAUUUCUAAGCACAAGACACCUUUUUUUAAUUGUCAGAAGUGCCUUCUUGACAUGACAUAGCUUCUGCACAGGGGACAGAGCAAGCCAUGCUUUCUAAAAGAGCUGAUCCAGGGAACACCCCUAAGCUCUGUAGAGUUUCCACUGUCCUCCCCCCCCCCCCUCCCCCCAUGCAUAUUGCAAAAAUACCAAAGCGGCUUUCAGCACUUUUGAAAUGAAUUUCUCUGAUCAGGACAAUAGUUAGUGGGAUGCACAAAUCCAGUUGGAUUUCCCUGCAUUCAUCGUGCAUUAGGAGCGUCCAUCAGUAAGUCUAUGCAGUAUCCUAAAAACUAAAGGUGGAAAGGUUUUAGUGCCAGAACAAGUGCAAGCCAUUCAUUUUCACCUGUGGCUGCUGCAUGAUUUGUGACAUGUCACACUAGCUUGGAAUGCUGGGAAAAUCCAGACUCAGAUUGACCUCACUUGGAGUAACCCAGUCACUGCUCUGACGCUUGAUAAGUCAGACAAGAAUAAUGUGCAUUAGCCUCUCUCUGUGCUCCCUUUGUAGUAUAUUGCUCAGUUGAUGUUUUCUGUACUGUUUAAACCUCUGUAUAUUUUACAGAUUUGUUUCUGUUCUUUGAGUCAUGCAUAAGUCUCUUCCUUUAGUGGUUUCUGUAACUUUGCCUGAAACUGAUUUGGGCAGAAUACGCGGGUCUGAUUUUUUUCAGGCAAUGCAAUUAAUUAUACCAGUUCAAUUUGAAUAUGUCUUCAAAUAGAGCCAUUGGCCUGA